AUGGCCUCACAGCCGCCGCCGGGCACCGGACUGAUGUCGGUCGACACAGCCGACCCCGAACUAGGCUCCGGGACAUCUCCGGAGCCGAACUCCACUUCAGGAGCCAAGCGACGCCGCGACACGGAGGCUCAGCCGCCUCGGCCCAGCCUAACGCGAGGCCAGCUUGACGCCACCAACGCGCCCCUCCCUCGGCAAAGGGCGCUGCAACCUCUACAGCAAGUGCUCCGACCGGGUCCGCUACAGGCGUCGUCGCCAGCUCUGACGUCACGAGACGGCCCCAACAGCGGCCCGGAGCUGGGCGGCUGUCGCUGCACCGAUGGCGGGCUCCACCUCUGCAGCGACCGGAGCGGCCAGAGCUCUGCCCGCCCAAAGGCCCCUCUCUCGGCCCAGGAUCGGCCGCAGGCGUAG